AUGACUUGGAUUCAUAACUUUCAUGGUCAUGACCCGGGAGACGAAACUGUCCUGAUCAUCGCUAUCGACUGUGUGUUCCCGAUUAUCGCACUUUUAGCCGUCUUCCUGCGCUUUUACGCCCGACGAUUCACCAACCGUUCCCCAUGGGUGGAUGAUUAUGCAGCUUUAUCCAGUGCAAUAUUGAUAUUGGGUCGGGCGGGACUUAUCAUUGCUUUGACGCGAUGGGGAGUUGGAUUGGAUGAUGCAUAUUUUCCACCGGAAAAUAUGAUCCCAUUUGGCAAGAUCCAAUAUGCCACUGGGCCUUUCUACACUCUUGCUCUCCUCGGUUUUAAGAUUGCUUUAUUGACCUCGUACCUUCGCAUGGGAGGUUUCGUCAAGACAUACCGCAUUAUAAUCAUUAUUGUCCUCGUCGCUGUUACCAUCAACCAAGUUUUGUUCACUCUCCUCGUCUGUGUGAGCUGUAUUCCGGUUGCAAAGCAAUGGAAUCCCUCUAUUCCAGGGCACUGCAUCGAUACGCUUGCUCUUUACUACUCCAUUGCCGCAACGAGCAUUGCCUUUGAUCUCAUCAUCAUCGCUCUUCCCCUGCCUGUUCUCUGGGGACUCUCUUUGCAACGCAAACAAAAGCUCAUGUUGACGUGUAUCUUCGCACUUGGGUUCUUCAUCACUAUUAUCCAAGUCAUCCGCAUCUUGAGUGUGUCAAACCUGUCAAACUCUUUGAACAGUCGGACCACCAUUAUCUGGAGUACGAUCGAGAUCUGCCUAGGGACGGUUAUCUGCUGCAUUCCAACUUAUGGCCCUCUCGUCAGGGCCGUUGCAUCUACCCUCCAAAAACAUGUACAGAUGUCUUCUUAUCAGCUCAACUCAAGGCGUCGAGCCAAGUUAGCCCGAGACUACCCCGAAACGAGACUUAACACUAUCCACGGCUCUAAUGAGACGCGGAAUACAACGACAAUUAGCGCUACCAGCCCAGAGGAUUUGGAAGAUCUAGGCGAUGACGAGUGUGACCAACAUGCUAGCUCAUGGAUGUACGCGGGGCAUAUCCACACCACUACACAAUUUUCGGUCGAGAAAACUCUAGUAUAA